AGACUCGUGGCCUUCUCGUGGGUAGCUGGCCCCGCGGCGCGAUAGUUCUCUUGGAGUUAAGAGCUGCCGCCUCUCGGAUGUCGAGCAGAAGGCGAAAAACGCUGGGGCAACCUCGCCAAGUUCUAACUUUGAAGGCAAUAACCUUGAGGCAGACGAGGGUGAUGUGCACGUGUAACUGACGUGCUCUGGAUGUGUGUAGUUCGCGCUAGUCAAAUAUUUCGUUUUCUGGGCUUGUCAUCCCCCCUCCUGUUUCCAAUAUAGUAAACGUAGCAAGAGCACAGAACUGGGUACUGCCAUCUGAGAGGUUUAGUGUUCCUUAACGGGCUUCCAGGUUAUACGGAGAGAUGAGUUUGCUUGUUGAGCUGUCUGACAGCGUUUGUCCGCCCCCAUUUUGAAGUUUAAUUAGCUUACCUAUGUGUUUGUCAUGUAGAUGUGUGGUCGGUGACGGUCUCCAGAUGCACAGGCACCUGUAUCCUUGGCACAGGCAGGUCCUGAGCUGCAGUUGGAGUAGAUUGUGCCUCCUAAAGCGAUACCUAUUUACAAUGAAGUUGCGGUCUCCAGAAUUCCAGUCGCUCUUCACAGAAGGCUUGAAGAGCCUUACAGAGUUAUUCGCCAAAGAGAAUCAUGAAUUAAGAAUAGCAGGGGGAGCAGUGAGGGAUUUACUCAAUGGGGUGAAGCCUCAAGAUGUGGAUUUCGCCACCACUGCCACCCCUACCCAGAUGAAGGAGAUGUUCCAGUCAGCCGGCAUUCGCAUGAUAAACAACAAAGGAGAGAAGCAUGGGACCAUCACUGCCAGGCUUCAUGAAGAAAAUUUUGAAGUUACUACACUCCGGAUUGACGUCACCACUGAUGGAAGACAUGCAGAGGUAGAAUUCACAACUGAUUGGCAGAAAGAUGCUGAAAGAAGAGAUCUUACCAUAAACUCUAUGUUUCUAGGUUUUGAUGGAACCCUGUUUGAUUACUUUAAUGGUUACGCAGAUUUAAAAAAUAAAAAAGUUCGAUUUGUUGGACAUGCUAAACAGAGAAUUCAAGAAGAUUAUCUUCGAAUUCUAAGAUAUUUCAGGUUUUAUGGCAGAAUUGUCGACAAUCCUGGUGACCAUGACCAUGAGACUCUAGAAGCAAUUGCAGAAAAUGCCAAAGGCUUGGCUGGAAUAUCAGGCGAGAGAAUUUGGGUAGAACUGAAGAAAAUCCUUACUGGUAGCCAUGUAACCCAUUUGGUGCGCCUGAUGUAUGAUCUUGACGUGGCCCCUCACAUAGGUUUACCUGCUCUUGCAAAUCUAGAAGAAUUCAACAAAGUCAGUAAAAAUGUUGAAGGCUUUUCACCAAAACCAAUGACUCUUUUGGCCUCUUUAUUCAGAGUACAAGAUGAUGUCACAAAACUGGAUUUGAGAUUGAAAAUUUCAAAAGAAGAGAAAAACUUGGGCUUAUUUAUAGUUAAAAACAGGAAAGAUUUGAUUAAAGCAACAGAUAGUUCAGAACCAUUGAAACCGUAUCAAGACUUUGUUAUAGAUUCUAGGGAACCAGAUGCACCUGCCCGUGUGUGUGAGCUGCUGAAGUACCAAGGAGAGCACGGUCUUCUCAAGGAGAUGCAGCAGUGGUCUGUCCCACCGUUCCCUGUGAGUGGACAUGACAUCAGGAAAGUGGGCAUUUCUUCAGGGAAGGAAAUUGGGGCCCUGUUACAGCAGUUGCGUGAACAGUGGAAGAAAAGUGGUUACCAAAUGGAAAAAGAUGAACUUCUAAGUUACAUAAAGAAGUCCUAAAAUGAGCUCCGUUUGAAACAGUGGAAAGUCUUGAAGCUUCAUUUAAGACUAAAUGAAGAGUCAAGAAAAAAAGGUUAAACAACCAUAUUACCCAGGAAACCAGCUGUGCACUGUAGAAGGGCGGCCUAUCAGAUUCAGGUUGGACGCUUUAUACACAGUCAGUGUCUCAUGUACAUAUC